AAAUAAAUUAUGAGGCUCACCACUUAUCAUCAGACAGACAGUGAGACCACUGAGACGUCAUUCUUGACCAUUGGUUCGAAGAACUAGCAAUUGAUUUCCCUUCGGCCCACAAAUCAUCGGAGAUUUCGAUUUCGAUCUGAUGAGUCCACGCCACGGUGAGCGUGGGCGCUGGGGAUUUGGUAACGUUAAUUCAGAGCUGCGCGCUUCAACUGGUCGAAGCUUCCGCAAUGGCUUGCUCACUUUCGUCAGCCACAUCCUCCAUAAAACCUGCACCGAUUCAGGAUGUGAGCACGGCCAGCCGCAUCUCAGCACCACAAAGCACAGCACAUUGGUAUCCGGGGACAAGCCAAAGGGAACCAAGUACCCACCGUAGCCAAUCCAAUGGAGUCUGUCGCCGUGGUGGCGGUGCCGUUCCCGAUGCAGGGACACCUGAACCAGCUCCUGCACCUCUCCCUCCAGCUCGCCUCCCGCGGGCUGGAGCUCCACUACGCGGCGCCGGCGGCCCACGUCCGCCAGGCCCGCGCGCGCGUCCAGGGCUGGCCCGCUGCGGCGCUCCGCUCGAUCCAUUUCCACGAGCUCGGGAUCGCGGCCUUCUCCGCCCCGCCUCCGGACCCGGACGCCGCGUCGCCGUUCCCCACCCACAUCAUGCCCAUGUGGGCCGCCUACAUCGCCGACGCGGCCGCCCCGCUCGCCGCGCUCCUCCGGGAACUCUCGGCCUCCCGCCGCCGCGUCGUCGUGGUCCACGACGUCCUCAACUCCUUCGCCGCCGUGGAGGCCGCCCGGCUCUCCAAAGGUAACGGGGAGUCGUUCGGGCUCUACUGCGGCGCCGUGUCCUACAUGGUCGGGAUGAUGCACGGCGCCGGGCACGGGCUCCUCCGGGAGAACGGGCUCGAGUACGCCCCCAUGGACGCGUACGUGUCCAAGGAGUUCAUGGACUGCGCCAGGGAACAGUCCAGCAUGGCUCAGGCGGUGUCGCGCGGCGGCGGCAUUAUCACAAACACCUGCCGCGCGCUCGAGGGCGAGUUCGUGGACGCCGUCGCCGAGAACCUGGCUGCCGCGGGGCAGAAGCUCUUCGCCGUCGGGCCGUUGAACCCGCUGCUAGAGCCGGAUUACCGCCUGGACGCGACAGCGCAUGGCGAUCAGCAGCCGCGGCACGAGUGCCUGGACUGGCUGGACAAGCAGCCGGCGGCGUCGGUGCUCUACGUGUCCUUCGGCUCGACAUCCUCGCUCCGAGGGGCGCAGGUCAAGGAGCUCGCGGACGCGCUGCACGGCAGCAAGCAGCGGUUCAUCUGGGUGCUCCGCGACGCCGACCGCGGCAACGUGUUCACGGCCGACGCCGAUGCCGACACCGACAGGCACGCGAAUCUGCUGUCAGAGUUCACCGCUCAAACCAAAGGAACGGGGCUGGUGAUCACCGGGUGGGCGCCGCAGCUGGAGAUCCUGGCGCACGGUGCCACGGCGGCGUUCAUGAGCCACUGCGGCUGGAACUCCACCGUGGAGAGCAUGAGCCACGGGAAGCCGAUGCUGGCCUGGCCCAUGCAUUCGGACCAGCCAUGGGACGCGCAGUUCGUGUGCAGACACCUCAAGGCCGGCAUCCUGGUGAGGCCGUGGGAGGAACACGGCGAGGUGACGCCCGCGGCGGCCAUACGAGCGGCGAUCGAGACGGCGAUGGUCGGCGAGGAAGGGAAAGCGAUGAGGGCGCGCGCCAUGGCGCUCGGGGAGGCCGUUCGGUCCUGCGCGGCUGUGGGCGGGUCGUCGCGCGAGGAUUUGGAAGUUCUCGUUGCUCACGUUACUAGGUGAAAUGAAACUUCUCUAGAAUUUGAGCUAUGUUCGAUUUUAGUUUUCAAACUUACACUUUUACAAGUCAUGUCCGAACUUUGGACAAAAUUUUGAAAUUGCAAUAAAAAUGUCGGAAGUUUGUAAGGCUGAGGGCCUCUGUUUGGACAGAGUUGCAAUGAUCGAAACAAUGCUAUUGGUAUCCUUCAACACCUUGAA